AUGGCCUCUUUAGAAGAAGACUUCACUUUUCCGGUAGCUUCCGGUGGCGGCGAGUCGCCGCCUCUGUGGCGGCCCACCGGAGAUCACGAAAGGCCGGCAGAGUUGAAACUAAUUUCUUUUCAAGAAUUUGAGAAGAGAAGAAGUAAAAGUGAGAAAAUCGGCGACACUCCGGAAGAUGAAGAGGAGAGAAUGGAUGUGUUGUGGGAGGAUUUGAACGACGAGUGCUCGAGAAGUUGUGGCGAUUGCUCUUCGCCAGUGCGAAUGAGCUGCGCAAAGCCGUUGAGGCUGUCGAGAGGCAACCGGCAAAUGUUUUCCGGUAAGAAACCGAUCAUUUUAGUGCUCGUCGAAGUUGUGAAGAAGGUUUUGCUCAAGCAGAAUUCUCACAGGAUCAAGAAGCAAGCAUGGUGA